AUGCUGACGUCGCUGUUCCAGGUGACGCCCGCCGCCACUUGCUCCGAUGUGGAAGCAGACACGCUGCAGUCUUGGGCCCAGAACUUCCGGUUUGCGUGGUAUGGCCCAAGCUCCGGGGCGUACUUGGACACCACCCUUACGGGACGGAAGUGGAUGGCUGGGCGGGACCCUGGUGUGUACAACCUCUGCUGGUGUCAGAAUGAUACGGAAGGUGCCUGUGAGUCUCUUUCCGACUUCAACGUGUCUGCCGGACAGCUGACCUGGCGUGGGCCCUUUAAGAGGGAAGUGCCAGAAGUCGCUACCAUCGGUGAAGUCUUCGAGCUCGAACUGUCGGGAGUGGGGAUCACAUCCGGCGGUGUCCUAAGCAUCCAACAAGACUGCGGCAGUGAAGGACCAAUGCUAUUGGCGAAUGUAACGCGGUCUUCAACGAAGUUCCUCUACAGUUUCGGCCAAGUCGCUGAGGACAAAUUGCCACCCGGCAGGUACCGUGCAUGCUGGUGUCAGCCGGUUGCCAUGGCUUCGCCUUGUGGGCUGGCUGUUCAGCAGAUGACCCCAGUUGCAGAGGUUUUUUGUUGUCCACCUGGGCUGUACAGCCCCAAUGGAACGGGAGCCUGCCAGCAGUGCGACUAUUUUUGGGACGAGCCCAACCAAGCCCGAGACGACUGCAACACCCGGGCCGCGAACGCCAGCCAGAUAGUUGGUCUUUGCCUGUGCUACCUCAUUGGCUGGGUUCUCCUGUGGUAUCAGAUGAGCUUCUCCAUCGAGCCAGGGUGCAGACGUUUGAGCAUCUCAGGGCGGAAGGUGCACAUUGCAGAUAUCUCCUCCACGCCCUCAGAGAACGGAGACUGGACGGCCUUCGUCACGACCGUCCAGCCGCAUCACCUCACGGCCCGCUUUGGCACGUUUCCCAUCUACUUCUACCAGACAGGCCACUACCAGCUCGACCGGAAGCCGGCGCCCGGGAGCUUCCUUUACCGGGCGAGGCCCGUGGGACCGAAUCGCCUCCAGCUCCUCGACGACAAGGGCAACUCGGUGGCGAGUGCCGACACCUCCCGGGGUUACUUUGUGCUGCGCUACGCCCGUUGCGUAGCACACACGGACUUACUCCGCGGCGUGCCGGUGCUCCUCGUGGCCUCCGUCUUGUUGCUGGCUUCCGUCCCCUUGCUGGUUCUUGCCAACCUUCAGAGCGAGCCAGCAUUCCAAACUUGGGGCGGGACUGGAGUGGCACUCUCGGGUUGCCUUUUAGGCUGCGUUGCUGCUUGGCUUUUGAGGUUCUUGAGAGAGAGACCCUCGCCAAUACAUCAGUCCAUCCAGGUCUUCCUAAGGGACCUCCAGCGCAGGCACCCGAACCCGGUGGCAUGCAAGAAGGGUCCUGAUCGUGCGCUCACUGCUUACCAGAUCUUCGACUUGAUGCAGCAGUUUCAGCAGUACAUACGGGAUCGGAACUUGUAUUACAUCGACUCUAACAUUGUCCAACCUUUGACCUCUCAUGUGAAGUUGUCUCUUGCCGAGCUACUGGGCCCCUCCACAGUCGCGUGGUUCGUGUCUCACUACUGGGGCACGAAGUUCGCUUACACUUGUGAAGCUUUGAGGCGGCAUGCCGAGCACGUAACUUCAGGACAGAAAGGGACAUCCUGGCAAACGAUCUCAUACUGGAUCUGUGCUUUCAGCAACAACCAGUAUCAAAUAGCGCAUGAGCUCGGCACCAGUCACAAGGAAUCAUCCUUUUACCUGGCCUUGCACAGCGCCCCUGUUCAAGGGACCUGUAUGAUCUUGGAUGAGAAGGCCCUGCCGUUGACGAGGUCCUGGUGUUUGUUUGAGCUGCUCCAGACCGUGCUCCUGGAGAAGAAACGCGAAGACUUCAAGGGUCUCCAGUUCUGCACAAACACCGGCAUUGUGAACUUUGGGCAGGCUACGACUGAGGUGGCUAUCACCAUCGGGAAGCGGCUUGCCGACCUGUCCCUAUCAGAAGCUGAAGCGACAUGCGAGGAGGACCAAGAGACCAUCAAGUCUCUUGUUGUUGAGGAGAUGGGCAGCUUCGACGAGAUGGACAAAAUUCUCGACAUGAAGAUAAAAGAUGCCCUGGUGAUCUGCAAGAAAUGCACCAACGACGAGUUCAAUCGCCUCUUUGAGCUCAUUGAUAGCUUGUAUGUGGCUGAGGGGGCUGAGGCGGAGGGCUCUAAUGCUGACACGAUACUGGGAUUGUGA